GCUCUGCCAGGUGCAGUCGCCUCCUCCGUGGCAAAUAGUCCUCGGGGGCGUCUGGAUUCUUGGAUCUAGGAGAGGAGAGGCACAAGAAGUUGAAGUUAGAAGGUGCGGAAUCGAUAGAGAGAGAAGGCUAGGAACCCGAAGUUUAUGCGAUAGUGUGGGGAGUUAGUUAAAAACUCCCUUCCUUCUAAGGAUCCCUCCGCCUGCAGUAGCGGUGGUGAGGCCGAGGGAGCCGCCAUUUUGGAUGUUCGGUUCCUGCUGCCACUGCUGCCGCCGCCCCCGGAGCUGCUGGUUUCAUUCUAGGUUUCGGGCCGAGGAUGCCAGCCCCCAUCAGAUUGCGGGAGCUUAUCCGGACCAUCCGGACAGCCCGAACCCAAGCUGAAGAACGAGAAAUGAUCCAGAAAGAGUGUGCUGCAAUACGGUCAUCUUUUAGAGAAGAAGAUAAUACAUACCGGUGUCGGAAUGUGGCAAAACUGCUGUAUAUGCACAUGCUGGGCUACCCUGCUCACUUUGGACAGUUGGAGUGCCUCAAGCUUAUUGCCUCUCAGAAAUUCACAGACAAACGUAUUGGCUAUUUAGGGGCAAUGCUACUGUUAGACGAAAGGCAGGAUGUCCAUCUUCUCAUGACCAACUGUAUCAAGAAUGAUCUUAAUCAUAGCACGCAGUUUGUACAGGGGCUAGCACUCUGUACCCUUGGCUGCAUGGGCUCCUCGGAGAUGUGCAGAGACCUUGCAGGAGAGGUAGAGAAACUCUUGAAAACCUCCAACUCUUACUUGAGAAAAAAGGCAGCACUGUGUGCUGUUCAUGUCAUCAGGAAGGUUCCUGAACUUAUGGAGAUGUUUUUACCAGCAACAAAAAAUUUAUUGAAUGAGAAGAACCAUGGUGUCCUACACACAUCUGUGGUCCUCCUCACAGAAAUGUGUGAGCGAAGCCCAGACAUGCUUGCACAUUUUAGAAAGAAUGAAAAGCUUGUGCCCCAACUAGUCCGAAUUCUGAAGAACCUCAUCAUGUCCGGAUAUUCACCAGAACAUGAUGUUUCUGGUAUCAGUGACCCUUUUUUGCAGGUACGAAUUUUGCGGUUAUUAAGAAUUUUAGGACGAAAUGAUGAUGACUCAAGUGAAGCUAUGAAUGAUAUAUUAGCACAGGUUGCCACUAAUACAGAGACUAGUAAAAACGUAGGAAAUGCUAUUCUUUAUGAAACAGUUUUGACUAUCAUGGAUAUUAAGUCAGAGAGUGGACUGCGAGUCCUAGCCAUAAAUAUCCUGGGUCGUUUCUUAUUGAACAAUGACAAGAAUAUUAGGUAUGUAGCUCUCACAUCUUUAUUGAAAACUGUGCAGACAGAUCAUAAUGCAGUACAGAGGCACCGAAGCACGAUCGUGGACUGUCUAAAAGAUUUGGAUGUCUCAAUAAAACGGCGUGCAAUGGAAUUAAGUUUUGCCCUGGUGAAUGGGAAUAAUAUCCGAGGCAUGAUGAAGGAAUUACUUUAUUUUCUGGAUUCAUGUGAGCCAGAAUUUAAAGCAGACUGUGCAUCUGGAAUUUUUCUUGCUGCAGAAAAGUAUGCACCUUCAAAACGGUGGCAUAUAGACACAAUUAUGCGUGUUUUAACAACGGCAGGAAGUUAUGUUCGUGACGAUGCAGUCCCCAAUCUGAUCCAGUUGAUAACCAACAGUGUGGAGAUACAUGCCUAUACUGUCCAGCGCUUAUACAAAGCAAUUCUUGGUGAUUAUUCUCAACAACCUUUGGUACAAGUGGCUGCAUGGUGUAUAGGUGAAUAUGGAGAUCUUCUUGUAUCUGGCCAGUGUGAAGAGGAAGAGCCUAUUCAGGUAACAGAGGAUGAAGUUUUGGAUAUUUUAGAGAGUGUUCUAAUCUCUAAUAUGUCCACCUCUGUGACACGGGGUUAUGCCCUCACUGCCAUUAUGAAGCUUUCUACUCGAUUCACCUGUACUGUAAACCGAAUAAAGAAAGUGGUUUCUAUCUAUGGAAGCAGCAUUGAUGUGGAACUCCAGCAGAGGGCAGUAGAAUAUAAUGCUCUUUUCAAGAAAUAUGACCAUAUGAGGUCUGCACUGCUUGAGAGAAUGCCAGUCAUGGAAAAAGUGACCACAAAUGGCCCUACUGAGAUUGUACAGACAAAUGGAGAGACAGAACCAGCUCCACUAGAGACCAAACCACCACCCUCUGUGCCACAGCCCAGCAGCCAGGCCAAUGAUUUAUUGGAUUUGUUGGGAGGAAAUGACAUAACACCUGUUAUUCCAACUGCACCUACAAGCAAACCUGGUUCUGCUGGUGGAGAACUUCUUGAUUUGCUUGGAGACAUCAACCUUACAGGUGCUCCAGCUGCUGCUCCUGCCCCUGCCUCAGUCCCACAGAUAUCGCAGCCCCCCUUCUUAUUGGAUGGGCUUUCAUCACAGCCUCUCUUCAAUGACAUCGCUUCAGGCAUCCCCUCCAUCACCGCAUACAGUAAGAAUGGCUUGAAGAUAGAAUUCACCUUUGAACGGUCAAACACCAACCCCAGUGUCACAGUGAUAACGAUACAGGCCUCAAACAGCACAGAGCUAGACAUGACGGACUUUGUUUUCCAGGCUGCAGUACCAAAGACAUUCCAGCUGCAGCUUCUGUCUCCUAGCAGCAGCAUUGUCCCAGCAUUUAAUACGGGGACCAUCACACAAGUCAUAAAAGUCCUGAACCCUCAGAAGCAACAGCUGCGAAUGCGGAUCAAGCUCACAUAUAAUCACAAAGGCUCAGCCAUGCAAGAUCUAGCAGAGGUGAACAACUUUCCCCCUCAGUCCUGGCAAUGAGGGUCUGGUACCAUUCUCAUUCUUACCCUACUCAAUCAAAGGAACUCUGGGAAGGAGGUUGUGAUCGCUGGCAAGUCCCCCCCAACCGUACCGUGGGCAUGAGGAGCCGAAGAGCCUGUUGAGGAGGAUUUUCCUAAAGUUAUUGCUGACCUUGAAGCAUCAUUAAAGACUAAUCUCCUCUCCUCCACUGUUGAGGCUGGCUGCUUCUGGAAGCUACUUUGCACUCUUCCUCCUCUUCUCCUUUUUCCACACUUCCCCACCCCUCCCAAAUUUACAGCCAGAAUCAACAUUCCCUGGGGCCCUGAGGAAAUAAGCAGCUGGUCUGGAGGAGAGACUGGAAUUCAUGGCAAGAAAACACUCACUCUGUCUCUGCAGCAAAGAGUUGCCCCUUCUUUCUACUGUUGUUUCUCUGUGGACUGGGUGAGGUGGGGUAUUUAUUCCUCACUAGCUGGGUUACCAUCUUCAGGCGCUUUUUACAUCUGGCAUUCAGAAUGGAAAUGUAACAAUGGACAUUAGGGAGCCCUGCCUUUUUCUACUGGUGCCCCCAAUGUUUGAAAGAGGCGUUAGGCUCCUGGUAGCCUUUUCUGUGCAUUGCUGUAUACACACAGACACACACAUGUAUGUAUGUUUGUUACCAGGAACUGGUCAGACUUGGAGAGGUUAUUUGUAAACACUGGACAGAUGCAGUGAAAAAGAGCUUUGUUGACAUUUGGCUUGAAGGAUAUGGUGCUCUAUUUGUAAUCACAACUUCCCAAGGCUCUUCCAGCUUCCCCUUCCCACCAUUCUUUAGCUGUAGUCAUGAAUACGCUCUAUGAUUUUAAAAAUUGAUUCCCCUUAAAGUGCAAAGUGGAUACCUUUGAAAAGAUAAAUUGUUAAAAACGCUCUGUUCCUUGCACACAUUUAAAACAUUUCUCCUAAGCCCAUAACUUGCCUGUUGAAUUAUGGUAAAUGGGUGAAAGUGGAGUUCACCAGUUUUAAAGAUCAGACUCUUUAACAAAAGCACCUUUGCCCAUAGGAAGAGUGAGUAUCAAACUCAUCCUAGCGAGUACUGGAGGCAUUUUCUCCAUUACUCCAAACCUCCUUUUUUAUUUCCUGAGCCUGGCUUGGACCUUGGCAUUCCGUUUGAAUUCCUUCUUCUAACUGGAACAUUUGUGUUGUAUCUGUAACACUGGCACUGAAAUAAAGACCACACAGUUAAAGAAAUCUUUCCUAUAUUGUACUUUAUGAUGUUGGAAUGAAGCCUUGUAGCUUCCUGGUCCCGUGUCUGAGGAAGUCCUAGGGACACCAUAGGGCAGGAAUAUACUUUCCUGAGUCUGAGAAAUUGGUCUCUUGAGUCAGACCAUCUCAUAGACAUCUGCAUCAAAGACUUGAGGAACUUUUUACACCAGUAGGAGUGCCGAGUGCUUUUUAGAAAGGGUCCUUGUGUCAUCUAACCCUAAAAUUGAGUUGCUGGAAGAAGGUAGAAAUGACCGUCCUGUGGCACAUAUUGAAUGUACUAUGCACAUUCAAGUAUACAGGCCCAUGUCUUAUGUACUAAAGAAGAAAAAAAAAGUGAGGUCCACCUUGCUCUUAAAAUAUUUGCAAUCAUUACUGUAUUAGGUACAGUAUAAUAACUCCUUUGGCUUUGGUCUUAAACCUGGGUACCAAUACCCACUUUUUUUCUCCAUUCCACCAAGCCUUUACUUAAGGUCGUCAGAGUCUUGUCAAAUCUAGCUCUGUAUCAGAUGCUAGACUAUUCCUAACAUUUGACAAACUUGAGUUGAACUAAAGGCUCCAAAGGGACAACUGUGGUCUUAUUAGUAUAUAAGAGCAAGCUAUGCUAAAAUUUACUCCACUGGGUAAAUGGUUGACUGAGUCAAGAACGGGAUAUUAUCCUUGUGCAUAGUUUUCAGUAAAGUAAGUGUGGACUAGUGUAUAUUUAAGACAACUGUUCUGCCUGUGCAAUGAAAAAUAGCCUUUAAAGGAUUCUUUUCCGACUGAUUUCAUUGGAUGGAUACUUAAUGCUGUGAAACAUGAUAGGAUUAACAUAGUAUUGGUGGAUUUCUUGAAUAGAAUUUUGUCUUAACA